AUGGCCAAGCCAACAGUCGAUUACUCGUUGUACCUCGUCACAGACUCAGGUCUGAACCACCCUUCAAGAACCCUCCUCCAGUCCGUUGAAGACUCAAUCCUCGGCGGAGUGACCCUCGUCCAGCUCCGCGAAAAGGACCUCGACACCCCUGCCUUUAUCGAGCUCGCGCGCAAAGUCCAUGCCGUCACCAAGAAGCACAACGUUCCUUUGUUGAUUAACGACAAUCUCGAAGUUGCACUUGCGAUUGACGCAGAGGGCGCACAUGUCGGUCAGGAUGACAUUUCCUGUGUCGAGGCGCGUCGCUUGCUCGGACCCAACAAAAUCCUUGGAAUCUCGACGGGCACAACCGAGGAGGCCCAAAAGGCACUGGCCGACGGCGCGGAUUAUAUCGGUAUCGGAACCUGCUUCAUGACCCAGACCAAGUCUCCCAAACGUACCCUGGGACCCAUCGGUGUCCGCGCCAUCCUCGAGGCCCUCCCUGCCGAGAGCGAAAUGAAGACAGUGGUCAUUGGAGGAAUUAAGCACGACAACACCCGUCGUGUUGUCACACACUCUGCGGGCGCUCAUGGACGUAUCGUGGACGGGAUUGCGGUUGUGACGGGAAUUGUGGGUGCUCAGGAUGCCAAGGUCGCAUCUGAGCAGCUUUUGUCAGAGUUCAAGAUCGGACACGAGCUUGCUUCGAAAAAACACCAGAACAACAUCCGUGGCACCGUCCAGGAUGGUCGUGCCAGUGUGGAGGAUGUGAUCAAGUCCUUCCCUCAGAUGUUGACCACCCUUCGGGAGAAGUCGCCAUUGACUCAUCAUAUCUCCAACUAUGUAGUCAUGAACGACACUGCCAACGCGACUCUGGCUUUGGGCGGAUCGCCCAUCAUGGCACCUUCGGCUAUUGAGGCUGAGGAUCUUUCAAAGGUCGUCUCGUCUGUCGUCCUCAAUAUUGGAACCUUGACCGACUCCUUUGUCGACUGCAUGUACGAGGCGGGUAAGCACGCAAAUGCUCAGUCGAAGCCUGUUGUGUUUGACCCUGUGGGCGCUGGCGCAACAAAGCUUCGCGAGGAGACAACCCGCAAGAUCCUGAACGCAAUGCACGUCGACAUCAUCAAGGGCAACGCCGGCGAGAUCUCGACCAUCGCCAAGAUCAUCGGCGGAGGAGACAAGACCGAGACCAUUGCCAUGCGCGGCGUCGAUAGCAUGGGAUCGGGCUUCUCUAACCCUGCGGCAAUUGUUCAAGCGAUUGCGCGCCGUGAGGGCGCUGUUGUUGCCAUGACGGGAAUGAUCGACUAUGUUUCUGAUGGAUUCAGGACGGUAGCGAUUGAGAACGGACAUGCUUAUCAGGGUCGUAUUACUGGAUCUGGAUGCAUGAUCGCUUCCUCGAUCGCGUCUUUUGCUGCCAUCUCUCCUAACGACCACUUUGCCGCCGCUGUUGCCGGAAUUGUGGCGUUGAACCUUGCAGGAGAACAUGCUGCCACCCGUGCUGAUGUCCACGGACCAGGCACCUUCAGAGCCGCAUUCAUCGACGAGAUUGCCAAUUUGACCCCUCAGCAGAUGCUCAACGACGCCCGCAUCAAGACCGUCACCGUCUAA